AUGUGCUCACUUGUUGGGGUAGAUAGCCGCAAGUACCCGCAGUGUGUUGACGUUUGCAUAGCAAUGUGCAAGGAGACCAACGUUUUUCAAGCCACCAGCUGGAAAGAAUGGGAUGGACUACAAAGCUUUAUCGGAAUUAUGAAAAAUGUCCAGCGAUUAACUCGGAAGACAAACGUGAUCCAUUGUCCUGCUGCGCCGCACUUGAUGGUGGUGAUAGCAAUGAAGGAGGUCAUGUUGUAUGGCAGAGAGAAGCGCAUAUACAACGACAGGAUUGUUGCUUUUCUCAGACACUUUGACUGCUACAAUAAAGCCGCGUCCGCUAUCUGCUACUUUCACAAGGGCAAUCGUCAGGACAUCUUGGCACUGGACCAGCCUUGGGUCUUGAAUGCUUCCGUACAACGCCCACCCACUCGCCUGAUUGAUCAGUUCGAAUUCACCACUUUUCCCGGCACUUCUGGUGGCACAAGGCUGGUUCCGAAAGAGAGUGACUCUACAGACGUCGAGAUGAAAGAAGAUCCAGCUCCGAUCAAAAUAGAGUCGUCUCCUGAGUGUGAGGCUGAACCAACCUCCGAACAUCAAGCCACGCCUCACGUUGUACAAGAUGGAUUGCAUGCUGCGAUCCAACCCGGAUCUCUUGGAGUUGGAGCAAGACCGCCACCUACGAAUCAAUAUAUACCGCCCUUUGAGCAUGAUAAUACCUUAGCUCUUGCUGGUCAAGCUACAGCAUCACGAGAGAGAAGACACGAAGGAACAAUGCCAUUGUCCAUGCCCGAGCAUGAACAUUCCACACAAAAUGGCACUCAUCUUCAAGUCACUCGCGCAGAAGUUAUGGAGUACCUCCAGCCUCUGCUUGAUCGACUGAAGUAUGAGGAUUGGGCUGGCAGGGUCCGGGAUGACAUUAUGUGCAUCCUGACAGGGAGGAGCGUCAAAGUUAUAACGCCUGAGGCAAAAGGCAUGUUGGGACUGUGGGCAGGCAAGACAGAGAAUGGCACGGUCCUGACUUGGCUUGAGCAGGCAAAAGAAGAUCUUACCGUCUUCCAAUGGAUUGAGAGAAAUGAGGCGGCCGCUGAAAUGUUGUGGUAUACUGACCGUAUCCAUACCAUUUUCCACGACAUAAAUGUAACGAUCGGGGGAGUUUCGGAACCCAACGUCCAAGAAGAGCUUCGAGCUCAAGUGGGUGCGCUGAGAGACAUCAUCUUCGCCACAAAUAUGUGA